UCACUCUGCUCUCCUCAUGCCCUGAUGUCUUAGUCUUGUCUGUCACCCAAUGGACUAGAUUUGGUUUGGUCCAUGGCUCUCUCCCUCAGACCAUCUACCUGGAGUUUGGCCCUUCUGCGAGGUGCUCUCUGGCUCUCUGUGCUCUGGACUCUGUUGUCUCCUGCCUGCUGUUCCCAUGGCCCACCCAAAUGGCGCUUUUCUACCUCUGAAGUUGUCAUCCCCAGGAAGGUUCCCCAGAGAAUGGGUAGAAGUGGUACAUCAGAGCACAUCUCCUAUAGCAUGCGCUUUAGGGGACAAAGACACGUAGUCCACAUGAAACUAAAGAAGAACAUGAUUUCUCCAAAUUUUCCUGUAUAUACCUCUAAUGACCAAGGAGCUCUGGAGAAGGAUUACCCAUUUGUUCCUCGGGAUUGUUACUUCUACAGCUACCUGGAAGGAGUCCCUGGGUCCCAAGCUACACUAGAUACCUGCACUGGAGGUUUGAAAGGCAUGAUACAGGUGGAUGACUUCACUUAUGAAAUCAAACCAUUGGCGUCUUCUUCCAAGUUUGAGCAUGUAAUUUCUCUGCUUGUGAACGAAAGGUCUCAUAAGUCUGAAAAGUGUAGAAAUUAUGAGAUUAUGGCAGAGGGUAGUGUGCCUCCUGAAGAGAAUAAGGCUGCUGGAAGCCCCAGAGCAGCCCCUGUGUAUCUGUGGCGUCUCCAUAUUAAAACUAUAACAAUACACUACACAGUGACUCAUGAAUUAUAUCAAAACCUUGGGGAAAAUUCAACCCACGCACUUCAGGUAAUAUUGCUUUUGAACAACAUAGCAGACAGCAUUUAUAAAGUAAGUGGGUUAAAUGUGUUUGUACGUGCUGUAUGUAUUUGGAAUGAUGGCGACCACUAUGGUAUAUCCCCUUUUUAUAAUAAUGUUUGGAGACUUAUGGAACUUUUUGGCUAUUGGAAAGCUAAUUUCUAUUGGGAAAUGGAGCACACCACUACGGCUCUUCUCAUAGGAAGGCAGGCCUCUGGUGUAGAUUAUGCAGGCUUUCAGGGUGGAAUGUGUAACCCCAACUGGGGAGUAUUAUAUACACAUGUAAGACCACACCAUUUAUUUCUGGCUGCAAGUAUGAUGGCACAUGGAGUGGGUCACCUUAUGUAUAUAAAUCAUGAUACAGCGGGCUGUGUUUGUUACCGAAGGAGCAGUUGUCUCAUGAAUGAAUUUCCAACUCUUCAUGAUAUGAUUAGCAAUUGUUCCCAUUUGAAGCUACAUAACUUGAUUAAUGGUUGGGACCCUUGCUUGAGUUUACGACCUGUUACAUAUCGUCUAUUAAGAUAUGAAGUUCCUCGUUGUGGAAAUAAGAUAUUGGAAGACAACGAGAAAUGUGACUGUGGUUCUUUUAAAGACUGUACCGCUGAUAAGUGUUGUGAAACCAAUUGUGACUUUACUGUGGGCAGCUCUUGUUCUUCAGGAGGUUGCUGUGACUCUUGUCAGUUCGCACCCACUGGAACGAUAUGUAGAGACAAAAAUGGUAUUUGCGAUCUUCCAGAAUACUGUAAUGGAAUCUCGCCGCACUGCCCAGGCAAUUUUCAUAUCAUGGAUGGAACUCCUUGUUCUCCACUAGCAGUUUGCAUGGCAGGAAACUGUAGCGACCGUCAUUUGCAGUGUCAAGCUCUUUUUGGAUACCGAGUAAAGGAUGCUUCACUAGCAUGCUAUAAAGAAUUAAAUCUCAGAGGUGACCGAUUUGGAAACUGUGGGAUUAGAUAUUUACGUGGAGGGAAUCAACCUGUCAAGUGUCAAAAGGAGGAUAUUUUAUGUGGACAGAUUCACUGUGAUGGUGUCACUCGUAUUCCUGGUGGAGGUGAACACACUACAUUUCAUCACAUAAAGGUACAAGAUGUUAAAGAAGAACAGUGCUUUGGGUAUGAAGCACACCAUGGGACCGAACUUCCAGAAAUGGGGCUUGUAGUGGACGGUGCAACCUGUGGCCCUGGAAAAUACUGUAAACACCAGAGAUGUCUUUUUCAUCAAACUUUGAAUUUUAGAUGCAACAUCUCUAUGUGUAACUUCAGAGGGGUGUGUAACAACAAUGGCAACUGUCACUGUGUUCAAGGUUGGCAAGCACCAGAUUGUUUUCACAGAGGAGCAGGUGGUAGUAUAAACAGUGGCCCUCCACCUUCAAGUGCAAAAAGAUAUCGUGCCAAAAUACAUGUGCGUGUCAACAGGCUAAUAAUUGUUUUAGGUGCUCGCAUGCUUCUUAUCUUGGCUUCAAUUAUUACUGGUGCUCUUUCAAAGGCAAUAUUACGUCCAGCAGGGCCCGAACGAAUCCCUUUUAAAAUAUAA